AUGCGAGCAAGUCGGAGUUGGUGGAAUUCUGGUGACGACAGCGCGACCUUGCGUUAUGCGUCGUUCUUGUCAGAGUCCGCGGACGACGCCUACCCGGCCCUGGCAGAGAGAGUGUUUCUCCUCUACAACAGUGCCACCAGGGAGGCCAAAUUCGACGUUGUGCUGCUACAUGGGCUUGGAAGUGACGAGUUUAAGUGCUGGACUAACGCAGACGGCCUCCUUUGGCCCGCAGUUUUUCUUCCACAGGAGUUUCCGCAAUGCCGCAUUCUUUCCGCCGGAUACACACACACCCUCUGGAACUGGUCGUCUUCCGAAAAAGUGAGGGCCAAGGAGAUGGAGGAGAUGGUGCAGCGCGAGGGUGAAUGGACAGCCAGCUCCAUUCGGAGGUGGGUGGCAGAGGCGUUGCAAGGGACGUACACUGCCGUUGGCGGCGACGCACGCGAUGACGGCCGCAGGGAGGAGAGGGAGGACCCUCAAGCUUCGUUAGCCGAUGAUGCGCUGCCUCCACGCUCAGCCACCUCGUCGUCAGGCGAGGGCGAAGGUGAGCAGCAGCAGUUGGAGAGCUGUGCCGCAAAUCUGGCGGAGCGACUUCUCUCCGACGCGGUGGGCGUCGGGAGACGGCCCGUCAUCUUUAUCGUUCACUCGCUGGGUGGAUUGGUGGUGAAACAAAUGAUUGUCCAGGUAGACAAGGCGGUGUCGCUACGCCUUGCGGAUGCCAAAACCAGCAUGGACGCGGCGACAAAGCAACGCUGGCAGGGUUCUGGACCAUUGGAGGCGUCCUUCCUGCGCUUGCUUAGAGGCAUCGUGUUUUACGCUACACCGCACUUUGGGGCCCCGAUUGCAAGCGUCGUGACGGGGCUGAAACGAUACUACCAGUCCAUCGGUGGCAUGGUUCCCUCGCCGCUAGUCGCCGCGCUCGGUGACCACAGCAGGGAAGCACUGCUGAGCCUAAAUGAACAGUUUUUCCGGGUGAUUGAAGGUUGCAGCGACACCGGCUACGUCCACGUUCUCUCCUUUGGAGAAACCCGACGCCUGAACGGCGUCCUGCGCAUCGUGGAGCCGGAGUCUGCCAACCCCGCACCGGAUGAUCUGCGUUUUCCGUUUUACCUCAUUGAUGCCGACCACAUUAGCAUCAAUCGGCCCGUGUCGAAGGAGCAGCCAGGGUACACAAUUUUAUUUGGAUUUCUUAAGCGCAUGCAACGCAGCGGGUUACUUGAUCCCAAGGGAGACAGCAAGGUGGCCACCGUCGCCGGAGAGAAUCCGAGGCGGCAGCACGAGGGAGAAGCCAUUGACAAGGUAGCUGCUGCAGGGGCGGGAGAACCGUCUCACGGCGAUGUUGCCAUUCCUCAUGCUGAGAAUAAGGAUAACCUUGAAGUGCGCAUGCUGCUUAACCUGCUGGAUCACCGGGUGCGGCGGCUGCGAGCGCAUGCCGCGACCCUCUUUGGCUACAUGAUGCCUAUGCAGCUGAACAGACUCUUGGCGUUGGCGAAGGACAUUGUUGACUACGCCGUCACAUCUUUUUCCUUGACAGAAAACGCGAAUGAGGCCUACCUGCUGAUACCACUACGCCUUAUUGUCUACUGGGCGGAACGAGCUGUUUCUACGUUAGAGAACUUCCUCCUAUGCCAAGCCGAAUGCUCUGUUAUGCAUCACUUUUCUGCCUUGGAGAGUCGUACACUGCAUGACAUUGAUUGCGGUGUGGCGGCACUGCGGCGUGAAUGGGAGUGGUUUCAUCUGCAGCUCUGCCAGCCGCAUUUCCUUCCUGACAGUUAUCUCGUAGUGAUUUUUUUUUCACAAUCCGUCACGCUUGCUGUCGCGGAUGCCAUGAUGAACGACGUUGGGUGUUUGCUUGUAUUGGCCACUCGAUGUGUGCCGGAGGCCUGCGGGUGGAAGCCGGAUGCGGCGAUCUCGUGGGGGUCACAGGAGACCACCGCCUGGCUUCCACCCUCCGUCUCCAUGGUAGGUGCAUUGCUUACUGGCUGGAUGUGCCUCGGCGUCACACGCAGGUACCGGUGCGCCAUUGCAGCAUUCCAGCGCCUCCUCCGAGAUUUAGAGCUGCUGCAGCGGGAUAAAGACAACCUUCCACAAGGAGCAGCAACCAGUUUCCCCCGCGUGCGGCCUAGAAUCCAGGAGGCCAACUCUACAUGGUGGUGGAGCAGGGGUGAGGGUGGGGACGGUAGCAAAGCAAAGACGAUAAGUGCAAAAGGAAAAAACGAUCUUUUACAGGUGUUUGCGUUGCUGGCGCAUGCCGGUCUGUGCUGGAGUCAUUUCCUGCUUUCCCAACACGCCGGAGUGGUGACCGCCUCUAUGCUACCGAGCGCAGAUGAGUAUGAGGGAGCGCUUCAUUGCUCGCUGAUGGAGGGGUCUCGCCGCUACAGCCUAUUGGAACGCAGCCUUCACCUUGACAGCAUUAUGGACCGCCCAUUUGCCUCGAUAAAGCGCGCUUCGGUGCUGGCGGCGGUGUCGCGUGUGGAAGGGAAACCGCACCAUACCGCAGCAGAGGAAAACCAAAAACGAUCACCGGUCCGUGCAGCUACCCUCUUAAAAGGUGCCGCGCUUCGACGCGGUCUUACUUUUAUUUGGGACGACGUACGGCACGGGGAGAGUAGCGAGGAGGCGGCAAAUCGCUUUACUGCCAGCGUCUUAGUCUUUUGGUGGAUCAUCGAGAGGCGUGCGAAGCUUCACGACGUGAUAGACUCUGUGAAUGGGGGAGAUGUCAAGGAGACGCAAGACAAAGGAGCCUUGGAUGGUCGUUCGUCGUGGGUCUGGGAGAAUGCCCACCCCCGCGUGAAGAGUCAGUGGCUCACCUGGUGGUGUGUCACCAGCGAUGACUCCGCGAAGAGGUCUGGCGAGAUGAAUACAGGGCAGCUUCGACUUUUGACAGAAGCACUGCAGCUUCAUAACGGCAAUGCUCUGGCCUUGUACCUGACUGGGCGGCACCACUUGUGGCGCAGGCAGCUGACCCACGCAGCGGAAGCGUACCUUCGCGCCCUGGAGUCUACACGGUGCUUUGACAAUGCGUUAUAUCGUGUCUCCGCCGUUGGUCUUGGCUGGGUGCACCUGCACCUCCACCGCUGUGGUGGGUUUGAGGGCAGUGGGAUAGACUUCCUUGCCCUUCAGGGAGCCCCAUCUGAGCUGCGGGAAUCGUGGUGGCUGCGGCAGUGGGAGGCACGCACGGUGCAUGAAUCACAGCAGUGCGGCGCCACGGUCACCGCCACCGAGGAGACGAACGCAAGCAACAAGGAUGCUGUGCAUCACUUGACACGCGCCUCCGCUCUGUUUCAGGCCGUGCUUGCCUUUGACCCCGACAACAAGGGGGCCUUGUGCGGGAUGGGCCGCGUGAAGAUGUUAAACGUCGAAGCGGAGUGCACGGUGGCAUAUUCAGCCGCCAGCCGCCACUUUGCAACUGUCCUGGGGGAAACGGCGGCAAUACCAAAAAUGAGGUGGAGGCGAAAGCUGAAUUGGGAAAACGACAUUACGGCCUUUGACAAUUGGCUGUGGGAGUCUCGCGCCGCAUACUGGAUAGGGGAGAUUCAUAGAUGCAGCCUGGAGACAGACAUCGAGGCACGUGAGACACAAGGAUGCUGUACGGGGGACGUGAAGGCGUGGUGGGAGUAUGCGGUGCAGCGAUGCCCACAGAACGAUUGGGCACUCACCGCACUAGGCCUUCUUUGCGUGCAGCAUCCGCUGCAGAACCACCACAACGACGCCGAGAUGACGAGGCAGUGCGCGAGGGGUGUGGAACUGCUGCAGCGUUCGCUGGCCAUGAAUACAAACAACACCUGGACUCUGUGGGGCCUCGCGCAUCACUCGCCUGACGCAACGCAGUGGCAGACGUGCUGCAUGCUGCUGAAGAAGCUACUACGCAAGUGA